AUGGCAAAGAAGCGCAAUGGCCAGCGCAAGCACGCCAAGCUCAAGGGCAAGAGCACCAAGGCUGCGACCUCGUCGACCAAGCGUCCGCCCACCGUGACCAAGGCGACCGCUCCUCCUCCUCCUCCCCACGCCAUCGCCGACACCUCGCUCGACCCUGCCGCCGACACCGAGAUGGGCGGGCCCUUCCACCAGGCCGCAGUCCCCCUCCAGCCCGCUCCGCACGCCCCCAAGACGGCGCACCGCGAGCUGCCUCGUGUCGAGCUCGAGAAGCUGCGCGGCGGCGACCACGGCGCGUCGGCCUACUCGUCGGCCGCCUCGUCCUUCCACGACGGCUACUACCACCACGACGGCCCGUACGUCGACGAGGACCAAGACGAGGCGCGCGUCCACCCGGCCGAUCGCAAGCAUGCCGCCGCCGUCGAGGACGACGACGAGGACGACAACCUGUCCGACUCGUUCUCCGACUCGCCCUCGUUCGUCUACACCGACGACGACGACGACGCCUCGGACGAGCUCGACGACGACGACGACGACGAGGGCGAGUACGACAGCUCGGACGUCGACGACGGCGGCGGCGCGACCAAGAAGCUCGACGAGUCGGACGAGCGCCGCCCGUUCCCGGACCCGCGCCUCGCCAAGCAGCACAAGUACCUGCGCCGCACCGACUCGGACGCCAAGUCGUCGUCGACGCACGUCGACUCGGACCACGCUCCUCGCGCCGAGGCCUACAUCGAGUCGGCCGUCCCGACACCUGUGACGCCGCGCUCGCCCGCCUCGCCCUCGGACCUCCUCCCUCCCUCGUACCACACCGCCCAGCAACCCGUCCCCUCCUCGUCGAGCAUGGCCAAGGCGUCGGCGUCGCACGCGACGGUGCACUACGCGCCGGUGUCGGGCGCGACCUACGACGACUCUGCCGCGGCCGCCGCCGGCUACGCCUCGGACCUCGACGGCUUUGACCCGCUCGACGGGCCGUACCCUCGCGGCCGCUCGAAGCACCCGCGCCUCCUGUGGCGCUCGGCGCUCGACCCGGGCGCGCUCGCCGUCCUCGACGCGCACCACGAGCGCCUGCGCGGCGGGCCGUUGCCGCGCCUCGCGCUCGAGCUCGUCGACGUGCGCCUGAGCGCGAGCGGCGUCGACCGCGAGAGGGAGCACGCGCCCGGGCUCGAGGACGAGGAGGUGCAGGAGAGGGUCAGGCGCGCGAGGAGGCGCGACGCCGCCGGGGCGAGGAGGAGGACGUGGAGCCAGGCCGGCAGGCAGUGGAGCCGCGAGAUGGAGAGCAUCGGGCUCUGA